UGGAAAGAUAGUGUGAUAGAACUGUAUAGCUUUAACACUGACUUUUCAGAACUGUUUGUUUUUGAGAAAACCUCCACUUUAAACCUAACAUUAUUUAAAAAGAAUAACAUGUCAUGAGUAUGUACUCAGUUUUUUUUUCUCAGUUUGUAGCAAUCUGAAUGCAUCUGGCAGAGAGGGCUUCUGAACAUCAAAGUUCUUGUGACUUUUUUCUUUCUUUUUUUGCUAAGGAGUUUUCCUGCUGUGGCAAAUGUCUGGCUAUGAAUUCCUUUGCAGAUGAUUAGUAUUUUCCACAGUAUAUUACUGCUAUAUUUUGCUAAGUUUUCCCUGGUUUCCCAUAAAACUGCAACUGUCUCUGGUAUGCAGGCAAGAUUUGUUAAUUCAUAAGUUAGCUAUGAUCCAAUGUGAGGCAAAUACUUAGAGUAUUUUCAUUUUUGUUUUCUUUAAUGGCAAAAUAACCUCAAAGUUGCUUUGAAAAUUGCACUUGUUUUGAGGAAGCACUGGCUACUGUAUGCCAGGGCCUUGCUUUAUAAGGAAUGCAGGAAAUGGCCUGACUUGUUAUCAUUGCUUCUGUAUUUAGUGCUUGGACUCCAGGGAGUUCAUGUGCACUGAUUUCUGAUAGCUAUUAAGUACUUCUUGUAAAGAAAUUACCAAAUAAUAUGUUCUGUGCUUGCGUAGAACAAAUUAUAAAUAGGGUAUUACAAUCCUUGGGUGUUUUUGAAAAGAAAGCUGUGCAACUCAUCUGAAAUAGAGAAGAACGUUAACAUGGAUGUGAGCAGAUGGUGAGAGUACCUCUGUUUAAGGUCUGCUAAAUCCACUCUGAAGCCAAGGGGAGAUAACCAGUCCAAGGGAAGUGUUGCUGCUUUACAUGGACAUCUGCUCUUGCGGCAUGGCCCAGAUAUCCAGCAGCAAUGGAUUCAAACAGCGCUCCUCACCUUCUCUGUCAGCCCCAAGGUCAAAAGAUGUGGACAAAGAGGAGGCACUGCAGAUGGAAGCUGAGGCAUUAGCCAAGAUGCAGAAAGAAAGAGGUGUAGCUGGUAAUAAACAAACCUUUCAUUCUUUAAGCAGCCCCAGACAAAAAGCACAGGUUCAUAACAAGCAGGACCAUGAUCUCAUGGUGUUUCCAGAGUCUGAUGCCAAGAGCAUGGAAGAUAAACUAAGUACCAUUGACAUCGAGAAGCUUACUCAUGCUGAACUAGAGAAACUGCUGCUGGAUGACAAUUUUGAAUCUAGUAAAGUACCUGUGUUACCAGCAAGUCCUAUUUUGAGCCCAUCUGUGUCUUCACAAUUUUAUCUUGGGCCCGCGGGUCAGAGGAGACAGUGGACACCUGGAAUACCAGCACCUGUGACAUGCACUUUACCUCCUAUUUACACCUCAGCUUCUUACACAAAACAGACUGGUGUAUUUCAGAAUGGAUUCCAUCCAAGUAUGUCAUCCUAUCCCCCUAGAGAGCCUAUUUAUCUUGGUCUUCCUAGACAGUCACAAUACAUUUCCUACCCCGUGGCAGCUACCACACCUUUCCAUCCACAUGGUGCCCUACCUUUCUACCCUCCAAUACUCACACCUGAAAUGGCAAAAGUAUUUGACAAAAUUGCAAGCACUUCAGAAUUCCUGAGAAACGGGAAGUCGAGCACGGACCUAGAAAUGACUUCCAUAAAGUCUGCAGUGUCCAACCUGCCGGCCUCAGGGAGCUGUGGGGAUGUCAGUAAAUUCGACUGGCUGGAUUUGGAUCCUCUGAGUAAACCAAAAGUGGACACUGUGGAGACUCUAAACAUGGCAGAGGAUGAUGGAGAGAGGGCUUCAAGUAUGACUGCUGAAGAUCCGUGGGAUGCUGUUCUGUUAGAAGAAAAGCUGUUACUAACUUGUCAUCUAGAAAGAAAGGUUAAUGGGAAAUCUUCUGGAGCCACAGUCACAAGGAGUCAGUCCUUAAACAUGAGAACAACUCAGAUUGCAAAGUUACAGGGCCAAACAUCACAGUUGCAGAAAGACAAUGGGACCACUGGCACGCUGACAGAAAACGUGCUUCUCCAAGCAAUUGAAGGGCAGAAUCAAGAGCUCUCAGCUUUUUCUGAAGCAGUUACAAAAUUGAGGACCAAGUUUCCUUAUACUGAUCAGCAAACAAACCCAGGUUUUGUGCUGAGUCCAAUCAUGCUGCAGAGAAAUAUAAGUGGGGAGAGUGCCAGUAUCAAAGUUUCAAUAGAAAUCGAAGAAUUCCAGCAACCAGUAACUUUCACAUGUGAUGUGAGUUCCCCUGUUGAGCUUAUAAUAAUGCAGGCACUUUGCUGGGUGCAUGAUGACUUGAAUGAAGUGGACAUUGGCAGCUAUAUCCUGAAAGUCUGUGGCCAAGAAGAAGUUUUACAGAACAAGCACUGCAUAGGAAGUCAUGAGUACAUCCAGAGCUGCCGGAAGUGGGACACGGACAUCAGCCUGCAGCUGCUGACCCACAGCGGGAUGUGCAGCGACCUGGCUCGGACAGAAGAUGAUGACAGGACACCUGUACAUCUAACCAAACACCUCUACAAAGUAGAAAAGCCUUUCAGAGAACCUAUCAUAAGGUCUUCCAUUGAAGAGCUUCUUGAGGUGUAUCACAAGCAAGUUAACAUAGCCCUUAAGAAUGAGAACCAGCAUAAAGCAGUAGAUCAUGUAAUUAAGACUGUCAGAAAAAUCUGUUCCACAUUGGAUUGUGUAGAGACUCCUGCGGUAACGGAAUCGGUGAAGAGGCUCAGGAGGGCUGUUAAUCUCCCAAGGAUUAAACAUGCUGAGGUAUCCUUAAAAUGUGGUGAUGAUAAUAGCAAGAGCCCCUCUGGUUCACUGAAGCCUUUAAACCCUCUGAAAGUGAGUAUAGACCAGUUAACAAGAGCAGUUGAGGCCCUUCUGCAGCUCCACACGAAUUCCUGUAGCAGUUCAGCAGCAAUUUCUCCAGAAGACAGUAAGAGUACCAAGGAAGCUUGGACUGCCACAGAACAUCUCCAAUUCACAAUAUUUGCUGCUCAUGGAAUUUCUUCUGGUUGGGUGUCAAAUUAUGAAAAAUACUACUUGAUUUGUUCUCUGACUCAUAAUGGAAAAGAUCUCUUCAAACCUGUUCAGUCCAAGAAGGUUGGCACAUACAAGAACUUCUUCUACUUGAUCAAAUGGGAUGAACUAAUAAUUUUCCCCAUCCAGAUUUCACAGUUGCCUUUGGAAUCAGUCUUACGUCUGACUUUGUUUGGAAUCCUAAAUCAAAGUAAUGGGAGUUCUCCUGACUCAAAUAAGCAGAGAAAGGGCCCAGAAAAUUUGGGUCAGGUUUCUCUACCUCUAUUUGAUUUUAGGAGAUUGUUAACUUGUGGGACGAAACUUUUGCAACUGUGGACAUCAUCACAUCCACAUCAUGUGUCAGGGGUGGCCAGUAAGAAAGGAAAUAUGGAAAGAAUAGUAUUGCAGAUUGACUUCCCAUCCCAUGCUUUUGAUAUUGAAUAUAAAAUUCCUCAAGCUGCAAAGACUACUGUGCAUCAUUCUGUAGAAACAUUAGAAAAACCAGUGAGAGAACGUCUCCUUGCCAUUCUCUCCAAGGACAGCACCAUUGGGCUGUCAAAAGAAGAUAAAGAAUUUUUGUGGGAGAAGAGACAUUAUUGUCAUAGCCAUCCUAAUAGCCUACCAAAAAUACUGGUUAGUGCCCCUCACUGGGACUGGGCAAGUCUUCCAGAAAUAUAUUCAUUACUUCAGAGCUGGCCUCCUUUAUCACCCUUAGCUGCCCUGGAACUACUUGAUUCAAAGUUUGCUGAUCAGGAAGUACGAAAUACAGCUGUGAACUGGAUAGAGACAUUGAGUGAUGAUGAGUUAACAGAUUUCCUCCCUCAGUUUGUACAGGCAUUGAAGUAUGAAACCUACCUUGACAGUGCUCUUGUGAAAUUUCUUUUGGCUCGGGCACUGGGAAGCAUUCGGAUUGCACACUACCUGUACUGGCUUCUUAAGGAUACACUGUAUGAUACAAAGUUUGGUGUAAGGUAUGAGCAAAUUCUUGGAGCUUUUCUUUCAGUCUGUGGAAAAAGGCUCAGGGAAGAACUGGAGAAGCAGACCCGGCUAGUGCAGCUCUUUGGAAUGGUAGCAGAAAGAGUAAAGCAAACAAGUGGAUCUGCUCGGCAGGUUGCCUUGACAAAUGGCAUGGAGCGUGUGCAGUUAUUCUUCUUGAAGAACAAAUGCCGUUUGCCUCUCAAUCCCAGUCUUGUGGCAAAGGAGCUAAAUAUUAAGGCCUGUUCUUUCUUCAGCUCCAAUGCAGUACCACUGAAAGUUGCACUGAUAAAUGCUGACCCCCUGGGAGAAGAAAUUAAUGUGAUGUUUAAGGUUGGAGAAGAUCUGAGGCAAGAUAUGUUGGCUUUACAAAUGAUUAAGAUCAUGGACAAGAUCUGGCUGCAGGAGGGACUGGAUCUAAGGAUGGUUAUCUUCAAGUGUCUCUCAACAGGAAAAGACCGAGGCAUGGUAGAGCUUGUUCCUGCUUCAGACACACUUAGGAAAAUUCAAGUGGAAUAUGGAGUGACAGGUUCUUUUAAAGACAAGCCUCUGGCUGAAUGGUUGCGGAAGUAUAAUCCUACAGAGGAAGAGUAUGAAAAGGCUUCAGAAAACUUCAUCUACUCUUGUGCAGGAUGCUGUGUAGCCACUUAUGUCCUGGGAAUCUGUGACCGCCACAAUGAUAACAUAAUGCUCCGGAACACCGGGCAUAUGUUCCACAUUGACUUUGGAAAGUUUUUGGGACAUGCACAAAUGUUUGGUAGCUUUAAAAGGGAUCGAGCCCCUUUUGUGCUGACAUCAGAUAUGGCUUAUGUCAUUAAUGGUGGAGAAAAGCCCACAAUUCGCUUUCAGCUGUUUGUGGAUCUCUGUUGCCAAGCUUACAACUUGAUAAGGAAACAUGCCAGCCUCUUCCUUAACCUGCUUUCAUUGAUGCUUUCUUCUGGGCUACCAGAACUAAGUGGAGUUCAGGACUUGAAGUAUGUCCAGGAUGCCCUCCAGCCCCAAACAACAGAUGCAGAAGCCACCAUUUUCUUUACGAGGCUGAUCGAAUCCAGUCUGGGGAGUGUUGCCACAAAGUUCAAUUUCUUCAUUCACAACUUGGCUCAGCUGCGUUUCUCAGGUCUGCCUUCUAAUGAUGAGCCCAUCCUGUCAUUUUCUGCUAAAACGUAUUCUCUCAAACAAGACGGCCGAAUCAAACAAGUGUCUGUGUUUACGUAUCAGAAAAGAUACAACCCAGAUAAACACUAUAUCUAUGUAGUGAGAGUUUUGAGAGAAGGGCAAGUUGAGCCAACAUUUGUCUUCCGAACAUUUGAUGAGUUCCAGGAGCUCCACAACAAACUUGGCAUUCUCUUUCCUCUUUGGAAGUUACCAGGCUUUCCUAAUAAGAUGGUUCUGGGAAGAACACAUAUCAAAGAUGUAGCAGCCAAAAGAAAAGUGGAGCUCAACAGCUACAUACAGAGCCUGAUGAACAGUUCUCCAGAGGUGGCAGAAUGUGAUCUUGUUUAUACUUUUUUCCAUCCAUUACUUCGUGAUGACAAAGUGGAAGGAAUAGAUGGAAUAGCCAGACCUGCAGAUACAAGUCCAUCAAGUCCUACCUCAGGCAAAGUGGGAGGAGAAGUGAAGCUCUCCAUAUCCUAUCGAAAUAGCACUCUGUUUGUCAUGGUGAUGCACAUCAAAGACCUGGUUACAGAAGAUGGUGCAGAUCCAAAUCCCUAUGUGAAAACCUAUUUACUUCCAGACACGCACAAAACAUCCAAACGCAAAACCAAAAUCUCCCGGAAGACAAGAAACCCCACUUUCAAUGAAAUGCUGGUGUACAGCGGAUACAGCAUGGAGACUCUGAAACAGAGGGAGCUCCAGUUAAGCGUGCUGAGCGCAGAAUCGUUACGUGAGAACUUCUUCCUAGGUGGAAUUACACUCCCACUAAAGGACUUCAACUUGAGCAAGGAGACUGUUAACUGGUAUCGACUGACUGCUGUACCCUAUCUGUGAACUCAGUAGACCAGAACAGUUGUAUUCACUUGUGCUUUGUGCAUCUUCCUACUUGAAGAUAACCUGUACAUCCUAAAACAAGAGACUCCAUUUCAACAGAUAUGUUGGACCAAUGUUCAGGUAGCCUAAUUUGGAGGAUUGCAAAAAAAACUGGUUUAUACCCAUGUGAUGUUAUCAAAGGCUUGUUUGUAAACCUUUAAGUGUUGUGGGUAAAGGAAGGGGUUUUUAAACCAUCAGUGAAAGUGAGAUGAGCAGUUUGACCAUACUGGUUGGUUGAACCAUAACUCAAUCAUUAGGCCUGUGGAUGCAGUGCAUUUUUGCUUUUAAUUUGUUGCCUCUGUUGUGUCAUCCAUGACACAGUGCUGGAGAACAUCAAAGAAAUUGCAUAUUUUAAGAUUACAUUCCCACUGCUAACGAGACAUCACAGAAACAGUGACAGGUAAAAUAUUGGUGUCUGCACACACACCUGUAGAAAUGAAGGUUGAAGGGCUGGAAAAAUUCCUUAAACACAUUUAAUUCCAGAUUCAUAUUUCUCUGAGACUUAUUGGAGUGAGUGCCAAUAGUGAAGUUGUAAAUAAUGGUGCCUUAUAAUUCAAAUGCUUCUCUUUUACCUCAUUUCUGGUAUUUAAAUAUGUAUACAUAUUAACUUUCAGCUCCUUAUAAGGGGGGAACAUUCUCAUAUUUGAUACCUUGCAGGUCCUACUGGAAGCCUUUCCCCAGAAUGUGUUAUUUACAAAUAGCAUGACUUUAACUGAUCUUCACAAUUUGUUCAACUGAAAUAAUUUUUCCUACUCCCAUCUUCUACCCAUGGUCUCCAAAAAUUGAACGAAGACUGGCUGUAUGUGGUACUGUAGGAAAUGUACCCAGCUUCUCAGUGGGGAUUUUUGUUGUACUUUCUAGAACUUUUCAAUACUGCAGUGAUUAAGUGUGGAACAGAUUUAAACACUAAUCCUAAGUGGCAUUUGCAUCUGUGCUUCCAGGGAAAGGGUGGCCUCUAGUUGAAAAGCACCACUGCUGGCUGAUUGCAGGCUGGAAAUUAGUUCAUAUCAAUAGCUUUGAGAGAGGAGCAUGGCUGGUUUUUAUUUUUCCUUCAGCAGUUCACAGCAGUACUGUUUCUCACUCCCAAUAAGAGCUAUUCCCACUAAAAUUCUUCAUUCCAAGGAACAUUAGAUUUGAAUAUAUUGUGACAGUGGAGUGCAAAUGUCACUAUCUCCCGUUAAUACCACUGGUUACUUAAAUUAGACCUUUCUGCACUACAGGUGUCACCUUUUUAUUCACCUUAUUUGGGAUUUAGGAUGCUCAUGUUCUGUGUAAACAAAGCUCUAAAGUUGCACACUUCUUUAGUACAAAAUCGUAAAGCAAACUUUUAAAGUGAAAUAUGCAACUAUGAAUGAGGACACAAUACAGGGAAAGCCUUCUAUCUACCCAACACUAAAACCCAUUUUAUAAUCCAAUUGUCCUUCCCCUGCUACUGACCAAUCUCCCUUCAAUACAGAAGAGAGAAGUAAACUUGAAUCUCCUGGUGCCUAAACGAUUCACGGUCCAAUUUCAUAGGAAUUACUGCAAUUAAAAAGCUAAUGAUAGCUUGAAUGUUAGAAACUGGGCCAAUACUAAUGGGCGCUAAUAAAUCACAGUUGUAGUAGGCAUCCUUUGCAUAUUUUUCAUUUAGUAUAUAGCCUGUAAAUAAUAAACAAUAUAACUAAGUAGAUAUAUUUCCUGCUCACUUGUUGCUUUUGAGACUUACUCCAUUCCAUCAUUAGAAUCACAAGUCACUUAAACACAGGAAAGUAGACUACUGUUUUUGUGAAACGUUCCAUUGUGAAAUAAAAUGAAAGCAAUAUGGACUGCCUUUUUUGCAGUUUGCUAUUAAAGCACAGUGUCUUACAGCACAAAAUACAAUUAAACUAAGAUCAUUUAAAAAUUAUUUGCAGUUUUAGCAGUUGUCUGGACUGAAGAAAAAAAAAGUAUAGUACUGUAUUAUUGUUAGCACAUGUCCUGACUUCUGAUUUAAUCUUCUUCAUAGCUUAACUCAUUUUGUGCCUUUCCCUUCCUUUUCAAAAUUGUCACUGGCUGGAGCUUUUUUUAUGGUCAUGGAUUUUAUGUUGUCUAUGGGAUCUAUCCUUGGCCUCUCCUCACGUGUAGAGGACCAGCACCAAGUUUGCACCUCUUUGCACUAUUCUCAGUUACAAAAAAGCUGAUUGUUGCAAUAAGAAUUUUACUGUGCUACAUAGAAAAACCAAGAUGGAUGUGAAAGAGGGAAAUAAAUUUGAUUGGGACAGAAUUUACCAGUAUGCUAAGUAGCUUGAAAAUGUAGUUUUAACAGCUUUUUAUAUCUUGUUUAAUGAAAAAGAAAAAAAAAUUCUUUUAUGCACCGUUUGACCUGCAGCCAGAAGUGUAAUUGUCCCUCCAGACCUUGUGUUGGUAUCCGAGAGCAGCAGCUUGCGCUAGGACUUCUUCCUCUACUAACCUCCAACUUUGCACUGAACUUUUUAUUACUGCCUUUCUACGACAGCUGCCUGGACGCAUGUGCGAUCUUUGGUAAACGCUCUUUUCUCUAUUUUUACAACUGUCGGGUUGUGUAGAACCGCCGGCACCCGCCUUAAGGCCGGGGCUCCCCCGGGGCCCGCCGGGCACUCGCUGGGGGGGCCGGCGGGCAGCGAGAGCGGGGCGCCUCCCUGAGAACCAAAUACUUUCAUUAAACCACAAUAAAGAUGUACAAUGUGGCCCCGCGUCGGGCGCGUUCGCUGUGACUCCGUAACCCCUGUACGUGCAUUAAACACUAUUCUGGAAUAAACCCCA